CUUCAACAACACAUAACUCAGUGACAGAGAGAGAGAGAGUUGAGUUGAGUUGAGUUGAGUUGAGUUGAGUUGAGUUAAAGUGAGUGAGUGGUAAUCGAAUCGUUGAAUGUUGACACUGAAAGGAGGGAGCAGGCCACCAUGGGUGGGAUUGGGAGCAGCAGUGUGGGUUCAGAUUGCUUCAGGGAACACCUUCACUUUCCCACUUUACUCUCACUCUUUGAAAUCCGUUCUGGGUUUCAACCAGAGACAGGUAACACUCCUCGGUGUCGCUAACGAUAUUGGCGAGAAUGUUGGCUUGCUUCCUGGUAUUGCCUGCAACAAGUUCUCACCUUGGGUCAUUCUUUUGAUCGGUUCUUUAGCCUCUUUUAUUGGCUACGGUAUUCUCUGGCUCGCUAUCAGUGAAACCCUCCAAUCUCUUCCUUACUUGUUGCUUUGGUUUGCUCUAGUUAUUGCUGCCAACAGUAGUGCAUGGUUAACCACUGCUGUUCUUGUAACCAACAUGAGAAAUUUCCCUGCUAGUAGGGGCACAGUCGCAGGAAUCCUGAAAGGUUAUGGGGGGCUUAGUGCUGCAGUUUUUACUGAAAUUUACAGCAUAGUGCUUCAUAAUUCUUCUUCUAAGUUCCUAUUGUUGCUUGCCAUUGGUAUUCCUGUUGUUUGCUUCAGUAUGAUGUUUCUUGUUAGGCCUUGUACCCCAGCUUCCGGUGAAGACUCUACAGAAAAUUGCCAUUUUCUAUUCAUCCAAGGUUCUAGUGUGGUCCUGGGUGUCUAUCUUCUUGCAACUACAAUAUUUGGUAAUGUUUUUCCAAUAAAUGGAACUGUUUCCUAUGUUUUGGUGGCUGUGAUGAUUCUUCUUCUAAUGGCACCACUUGCUAUCCCUGCAAAGAUGACACUGUUUCCUAGGAGAGCUUCCAAUUCAGACUCACCUGAGCUACAAUGUGGAUCUUCUGACUCUCUCAUCCAAGACAAAAAAGAUAAAACACAGCCACUGCUAGCAUCUUCGUCAACAGGAAACCUUGGAAGUUUUAAUGAUCAGGAUGAUUCAUCUGAGGUGGCUAUGCUUCUUGCUUUGGGUGAGGGAGCUGUAAAGCAGAAGAAGAGAAGGCCUAAACGUGGGGAAGAUUUUAAGUUUACUGAGGCAAUAGUAAAGGCUGAUUUCUGGUUGCUAUGUUUUGUUUAUUUUGUUGGUGUUGGCACUGGAGUUACUGUUCUCAACAAUCUAGCCCAAAUAGGUAUUGCACAAGGUGAGGAAGAUACCACAACCUUACUGGGAAUUUUCAGUUUUUGCAAUUUUGUGGGCCGGCUCGGUGGAGGAGUUGUUUCAGAAUAUUUUGUCAGGACGAAAACGAUCCCAAGGACAGUCGGGAUGACAUGCACACAGACAAUUAUGGUCAUCGUAUACCUUCUGUUUGCCUUUGCUGUCAAUGGAACCCUUUAUAUUGCAGUUGCAUUACUUGGUGUCUGUUAUGGUGUGCAAAUUUCCACAAUGCUCCCCACUGUUUCUGAGCUUUUUGGUUUGAAGCACUUUGGCGUAUUGAGCAACUUCGUGGCUUUGGGAAAUCCACUUGGUGCAACCCUUUUCUCAGCUCUGCUAGCAGGUUAUAUAUAUGAUAAUGAGGCAGCAAAACAACAUGCUUCUGGUGCUUCAUGCGUAGGUGCAGAUUGCUUUAAACUGACAUUUUUCAUUCUUGCUGGUGUGUGUGCUGCGGGCAUCAUCUUGAGUGUUAUCUUGACUUUGAGAAUUAAGCCCGUUUACCAAAUGCUUUAUUCUGGAGGUUCUUUCAAGCUGCCUCAAGCCUCUUCAAGUCACUAAAAAAGUAGUAAAGUUGAAGUAUGAAUAAAACACAUCAUCCUUAGUUCAAUUCUAUACCAGUUGUGCAGGUGUAGUGUUAUAAAGUUCAAAAUUUUGGUAUCUCGCAUGGACAAUUCCUAUUUUUGUAUGUGUGUUAGGCUUAAAGAUGAUACUAGCUACUAAGAAGUGAGAUUGGAUACAUGAUAUGAUGUUGCAUGUGUUAG